UUUCGAAAUCCCCACAGCGCCACCCAAGUCGCAAGAUGGCCCGUAGCACUUCCCCGUCCCCUCGCCGUGAGCGCAGCCUCUCGCCCGCCGGCCGCGGUGGCGACGACCGCCGGUCGCGCUCGCGCUCGCGCUCGGGCCACCGCAACGACGGCCCCAAGCGCAUGCGCGGUACGGCCGCCCGCUGGAACGAGAAGGGCUUCGGCUUCAUCAAGCCCGAGGACCCGUCGCAGAACGACGUGUUCUGCCACUUCACGUCGAUCCAGGACGGCAACUGCCUCCACGAAGGCGACACCGUCGAGUUUGAAAUCCGGUUCGACGAAGCCAAGGGCAAGGACCGCGCCGAGAACGUGACGGGCGGCCGCACCGAAGACCGCCGCGUCGGUGGCCGCUCGGGCGGUGAGUGCUACGACUACAAGCAGGGUCGCUGCCACCGUGGCGACUCGUGCAAGUUCUCGCACGACGGCGGUGACCGUGGUCGCAGCCGUGACCGCUAUGACGACCGCCGCUACGACGACCGCCGCAGCCGUGACCGCUACGAUGACCGCCGCGGCCGUGAUGAUCGCUACGACGACCGCCGCGGCCGUGACCGCUACUAAGCGGUCAUGUGUUUUGCGUAGGUCUGGAAACACCCGAGCAGCUCCAAGCAAAGAAGACGCGACAAGAAGGACGUAGUGUGUGACUUGGCUUAAAUCCGUUCGGGGUAUAUAUUUUCCUUUAUCCACCGCCCCCAUACCCGGCCGUGCGCACUGCUGUGUCGACGUCCCGGGUUUCCUCCUCGUUCCGUUCUCUCGCCGCCUCUGCAUCCUGCACCACAACGCGACGGCUACCUCUCGGUGCGGCGACUCUUCACCUCUCAUCUCCACGGCGCUGGGCGUAAUCGAACCAACAUGAAUCAUCCUCUUCUGUAUCA